UCACCGUAUUGACCAGUAGCUUUCACUAGUUUAAAGCAACAUCCUUUUCCUUUAUACUAUCAAUCUUGAAGACCUAAACAACAUAUGCAACCGAAUUUGUGUAAAAAUUACAACUAAAUAAAAGACGUACGAAAAAGUAAACAAGCAGCUAUAAUGAAAAUUGUUAAUAUUCUAUUUCACGUUUUUUAAAUUGAUUAUUCAUUAUGCCGAAGCUAUUGUUUCUUAUUUAACGAUAAGCUAAAUACCAUGAAAUUACAUUUCUGCGUUCAGUAGUGAAAAAAAAGGUAAUGCUAAACAGAAAUCUCGCAAUUCAAUAAGUAUUUCCUAAAUAAUUUCCUUGUUUUACUGAAUGAAAUGUAAAAAAGAAAUUGAAUUCCUAAGGUCAAUGAAGUUGACAUUCAUGGACGAUAUCCUAAAGCUAGACGAUCAAUGAGAACAACUAACCCUCUCCAAGCGUUGGUGGUGAAGAACAUGAAACCCGAAGAAUAGAAUGAUUCAGAACUUAUGGUAAAUUGUUAUAUUAUAUUCUUUUAAUUUUGUCUCUAUAUUGGUUUGCGUUUUAGAAAUAUCAUUACCUUGUUGCAUAAGUGAAAGUGUUUGGUCUUAGAAUGUCGUUUCGGUUGCUUCCCAAACGAAAAUAUGAUGAUGUGAAAGCAGGGAAUUUCAUAAAUCCAGGAAGAGUUCCUUUAGCUAAAAGCAGUAGAAGGGAUAAACCUCAAACUUCUUCGUACUUGAUAAAUCAAGACUUGAUGGAUAAAGCGUUGGAAGCUAGUAAUUUGAGACAGCAAUAUAACCCAAAUUUGACCAUCGUUGAAAUGGCGCCUGGAGCAGGUGUUAUGUCUACAUCUUUGUAUAAUUACUUCCAACCGAAAAACCAUAUUCUCCUCGAAUCUAGAGAUACAUUUUUUGAUCCUUUACGAAAACUAUCUAGUCAAACAAAUGGAAGGAUGCAAUUGAUAGAAAAGGAAGGAUUUAAGUGGAACACAUACUCUGAGCUCAUUGAAUCCCGUAUUCUACAGGUUACUCGGCAAUCAGAAGCAGAACAGGCUGUUUCUACACAUCGAGAACUGCUUUUUGCUGCUCAUAUUCCUAUUCAAUAUUACGGACUCUUGUUUACUUCUCAAGUUGUAGAGUACCUUGCAAGCCGAGAUUGGCUUGGUUAUUAUGGAAGAGUCCGAGUGCUUUUAUGGCUUCCACGCUCUCCGGCGAUAACCAUUCUAACCUCUCGAGGAUUUCGGAAUAGAUCAAUGACGGCUGUGCGCCGUGAAGCAUUUAUAGAUACCAGAGUGAUUGUAGGAAGUCAGUCUAUUCAUGAUGGAUUAAUGAAACGGUGCUCUUCCAAAUCGAAAUAUUCCCAUGAUGUUCCCAAGCCAUUAAUUCAACCUCCUGAUGAUUUAGAAUUUAUGGAGCCUCUUCAUGAUGGACAUAUUUUAGUGGAGCUUACUUCUAAACCCCUUGACAAUAGUCUUUCAUUAUCUUUAUUUACACAAGUGAUCAAAAGCCUAUUAUACACAUCUAGAGGAAAACUAAAAGAUUCCCUUGAACGUCUUGGUGCUGGCGCUACGAAUUUGAUUCCUGCAAUUCAAGAUGCUGGUGUUGACGUGGAACUACCCAGUUUUUGUUUAUCUGCUGAAGAUUUCAAAACAAUCACUCGCAUAUAUGAGAAGUGGCCGUUACGAGAUCCUCUUAAAAAUGAUGAGUUCUAAAAAUAAUGCCCAUGUUAAUCUCGUUCCAAUAAUGUCAUCUUUCGUUAUUGUAUACCUAAAAAUUUGAUACCUUAACUCUUAUUUUAUAAUUUAAUUUUUUCAAAAGUCAUA